AAUCUAAUAAUUCUCUUCUCACGAUUUAUUAACACGUUCACUGCGGAUGUCGCCAAUCGGCGACAUUCCGCUCCCCACCACCAUGCGGGUGUCGCCUGUCGGCGACAUCGGUAUGCUAUCGUUUGCAUUGUUAGUUGGAAUUCAGCACUGGAGCUGUGUAUAUGAAUUUCGGUCAGCAUUACGUUACAGCAUUAAAGUAAAGCGUGUUGUGUUUCGUUUUUCAUUUUCCGAAUUUUGGUGCCAGUGACAAGGUAUCAAAGUCAUGGAUAGUGAAGCUGGUCCAUCGAACCCUAAAAGGUCUAAACUACGUGUUAGAAACGAGAAAAAAUUGACAGAAAAUGAGUUGUUAAUGCUUGCUUAUCUAUCAAGUGAUGAAGAACUUGGAGUGCAAGAAUUUGAAGAUAGUGGUAGUGAGUGGGAGGAUACGGAUUAUUCUGAUGGUGACUCGGCUUCCAGCAUUGUCGGUGAUGAUGACGAGCAUAUGGAUAGGGCUGAUGAUGGAGGUAACUUUUCAUACUGAUUAUUGUGUACUUAUCAUUUUGAUGUAAAUUCUCAUUUUUAUAGAUCAAGGAAUUGCAGGAAAUGAUAAUGGUCCUGAUUUAGCUAGAAACACGCCAAACUGGCAGGAUGAUCCUAGGUGCUUCAAAAACAUUUCUUUUGUGAAACAAAAUGAACUCUUAGUGGAUGUACCGGGAAAUAAUGAACCUAUUGAUUACUUUUUCUUAUUAUUUGACCAAAAUGUUCUAAGUAUGAUAGUCGAGCAAACUAACAGUUACGCCAUAGAUGUUUUUUGUGAAAGAGGGAAAACAGAGAAAUCACGAAUUUCGCAGUGGAAAGAUCUAACCAUAUCUGAGCUACUCAGAUUUAUAGGAUUAAUUUUACAUACGGGAACAAUCAGACUAAGUAGAUACCAGGAUUAUUGGAAAAAAGAUAGACUUUUCGGUUUGACCUGUUUCUCGGAACAAAUGAGUCGUGAUCGUUUUUUGAUCAUUUUACGUUGCAUUCACUUUGCCAAAAAUGUAGCCAAAUCUGAUCCACAAUCGGAAGAUCGUUUAUAUAAAAUACGUCCUCUUAUAGACUACUUCAACAAUAAAAUGCGUGAAGUUUACUAUCCAGGCAAGCAACUUUCCUUGGACGAAUCAAUGAUGUUGUGGCGAGGACGUUUGGUAUUUCGCCAAUACAUAAAAAAUAAGCGUCAUCCAUAUGGAAUAAAAUUGUAUAUGCUGACCGAGCCAAAUGGUAUUGUCCUGAAGUUCCUUGUUUAUACUGGACAACUAGAUGAUAUGGGAGGCAAGGGCCAUACGACUAAAGUAGUGUUACAUCUUUUACAAGACUAUCUAAGAAAUGGCCACUCAGUUUUUAUGGACAAUUUCUACAACAGCUUUGAGCUGUCAAAGCGCUUGUUAGAACAAGAUUCUUAUUGCACUGGUACCCUUCGACAGGACAGAAAGGACAAUCCAAAGGAAAUAAAAACUAUGAAACUAAAAAAAGGCGAGACAGUGGCAAGAUAUUCUGAUGGUGUUAUGAUUGCCAAAUGGAAAGAUAAAAGGGAUGUCACAUAUAUUUCCACUGAGUUUGAAAACAAUAUGGUAUCUGUUUCCAACAAGAGAGGGAUAGAAAAAAUAAAACCUCUUCCAAUAGUUCAGUAUAAUCAAUAUAUGAGUGGAAUAGAUCGUCAAGAUCAAAUGAUGGCAUACUACCCAUCUGAACAUAAAACUCUACGGUGGUAUAAAAAACUGGCGAUACAUAUAAUUCAAAUGGGACUGAUGAACUCUUUUCACUUAUACAACAAAUACUCAGGGAAAAAACUAAACCUGUAUGAUUUUCGACUUUUGGUGAUAAAAGCGUUGCUGCCAGAAAAGGAAGUCCCAAGAUAUGUUCCCAAACCUGGAAAACAAUCUACCGAACAUUUCCCUAGUAAAAUAAUUAAAAAAAAUUCAACUGGCAGAAUAGUACGAAAAGAUGCAAAGUCUGUCAUACAGCAAAAAUUAGGAAGGAAACAUUAUACCACUGCGAAAUCUGUCCCGACAAACCCGGAUUAUGCAUCAAGGACUGUUUUACAUCCUACCAUAAACAUAUAGAACAAAAAUAAAUAUCUUUCCGUUUUGUGUAACUGACAGUCGCAUUUAAUUUUUUUAAACACAGGAAUGACAUUUAUAUAUUUUUGUAAGGCAAUAAAGUUUACUACAUAGUUUUCUAUACUUUAUCUCUUUUAUGCACUAAAACUGAGUUGUCGCCCAUAGGCGACAUCAGCACUAUAUCGUGUACUGUGGUCCAUAAUGCUGC